GUUGAUAGUGUCGACAGUGGCGCAUUCAAAAGCUUGCGUAUCAAGUUUAUACACAUACACACAUCAGUACUUGUAUUAUAAACUGCAAAAUAUUUCAAAAUGUCAAUCGAGAUAGAAUCUGCCGAUGUGAUCAGAUUGAUACAGCAAUAUCUUAAGGAAGCAAAUCUCGUGAAGACACUGCAAACUUUACAGGAGGAAACAGGUGUAUCAUUGAAUACUGUUGACAGUGUGGAUGGAUUCGUUGCUGAUAUAAAUAAUGGCCACUGGGACACAGUUUUGAAAGCUAUACAGUCAUUAAAGUUACCUGAUAAGAAACUUAUAGACUUGUAUGAGCAGGUUGUUCUAGAAUUAAUUGAACUACGAGAACUAGGUGCAGCACGUUCUUUAUUAAGGCAGACUGAUCCCAUGAUUAUGAUGAAGCAGCAAGAGCCUGAAAGAUAUAUACACUUAGAAAAUUUACUUGCACGUUCAUAUUUUGAUCCACGCGAGGCAUAUCCCGAUGGAAGUACAAAAGAAAAGCGAAGAGCAUAUAUAGCCACUGCUCUUGCUGGUGAAGUAUCAGUAGUACCCUCUAGCAGAUUGCUCGCUUUGUUGGGACAAGCAUUAAAGUGGCAACAACAUCAAGGUUUGUUACCUCCUGGUACUACAAUAGAUUUGUUUCGUGGAAAAGCGGCGGUACGCGAUCAGGAGGACGAAAAAUAUCCAACACAAUUAUCAAAGCAAAUCAAAUUUGGCCAGAAAUCGCAUGUGGAGUGCGCGCGUUUCUCGCCAGACGGUCAAUUUUUGGUGACCGGCUCAGUAGACGGUUUUAUUGAGGUGUGGAAUUUUACAACCGGUAAAAUUAGAAAAGAUUUGAAGUACCAAGCGCAAGACAACUUUAUGAUGAUGGAACAAGCAGUAUUGUCAAUGGCGUUUAGUCGUGACAGCGAGAUGCUGGCGGGCGGUGGUCAGGAUGGCAAGAUUAAGGUUUGGAAAGUGCAAAAUGGACAGUGUGUGAGAAGAUUUGAAAAGGCGCAUUCAAAGGGUGUGACUUGCUUGCAAUUCAGCAGAGAUAAUAGUCAAAUUUUAUCAGCUUCGUUUGAUACUACCAUAAGAAUACAUGGUCUUAAAUCCGGAAAAACUCUCAAGGAGUUUCGUGGUCAUACUUCAUUUGUUAAUGAAGUUGUUUUUUCUCCAGAUGGUCAUAAUAUAAUCAGCGCAUCAUCAGAUGGAACUGUGAAAAUUUGGAGUCUGAAAACUACCGAAUGCAUAGGAACUUAUAAAUCAUUGGGAGCUGCUGAUCUUACAGUCAACAGCGUACAUCCCCUUCCUCGAAACCCAGAGCACUUUGUCGUGUGCAAUCGUUCUAAUACAGUAGUAAUUAUGAAUAUGCAAGGGCAAAUAGUAAGAUCAUUUUCGAGCGGUAAACGAGAGGGAGGAGACUUUGUAUGUACAGUAGUGAGCCCGCGUGGCGAAUUUAUCUAUUGUGUUGGUGAGGAUCUCGUACUGUACUGUUUUUCUACCUCAUCAGGAAAACUUGAAAGAACUCUCAAUAUACACGAAAAAGAUGUGAUUGGCCUGGCACAUCAUCCCCAUCAAAAUCUGUUAUGUUCUUAUAGUGAGGAUGGUCUGUUGAAAUUGUGGAAACCAUAAAAGAAUCUAGAAACUCAUCUCUUUUUUACUUGAACAUAGAAAGCAAGCAGCAUUUACAUGUUUUUAUAUAUCAUAAUAUAGCAAUCUUAAAAAAAGUUGCUGCAAAAUAUUUAAGAAUUUGUGCGACGUAUUCAUCUAUUCUUUCAUCAUAAUUGUCAUCAAUUGUCAUGUCAGGUAAUCGAAAAUACAUAUAUAUUGUAUAUACUUAA